UUUUGACCUGCUGGUGUCAUUCGUUGUAAUGGUACCUGUGACCGAAAAGAAAAGAAAACAACUGAUUGCCCUACUCAGUCCAUUUAUCAAAAAUGCGAAAAAGGAAACAUAGAAUAUGUAUGGUGUCAGACUUUUUUUAUCCAAAUACUGGAGGAGUAGAAAGUCAUAUCUAUCAGCUGUCUCAAUGUUUGCUCAAGAAAGGACAUAAAGUCAUAGUAAUAACUCAUGCUUAUGGUGAUCGCAAGGGAGUAAGAUAUUUAACUAAAGGAUUGAAGAUUUAUUACAUACCAGUCUGGGUUGUAUAUAAUCAGUGUACCUUUCCAACUCUUUUUACAACAUUUCCCCUAAUUAGGUACAUUCUUUUGAGAGAGAAGAUUUCAAUUGUUCAUGGACAUUCUGCAUUUUCUGCUCUAGCACAUGAAGCUAUGUUUCAUGCAAAAACCAUGGGUUUGAAAACAGUUUUCACUGAUCAUUCAUUGUUUGGAUUUGCAGAUGCCAGUGCUAUAAUUACCAACAAACUUCUUCAGAUGACGCUUUCAAUUUGUAACCAUGUAAUCUGUGUGUCUCAUACAGGAAAAGAAAAUACUGCCCUAAGAGCUAAUGUAAGACCAAAUCUAAUUGCUGUUAUACCAAAUGCAGUUGACACGGCUAUUUUUAAGCCUGACUUAAACAAGGAAAUUGGGGAAAACGUUACUGUUGUAGUCAUAAGUAGACUUGUAUAUAGAAAAGGUAUUGAUCUUCUUGCCGGUGUGAUUCCAGUCAUUUGUGCACAACAUCCUGAAGUAAAUUUUAUAAUCGGUGGCGAUGGUCCUAAACGAAUUGUUUUGGAAGAAGUGAGAGAGCGUUGUCAGCUGCAAGAAAGAGUAACCCUUCUUGGCUCUAUAAAGCAUGAAAACGUCCGAGAUGUUUUAGUGAAAGGAGACAUUUAUCUUAAUGCCUCUUUGACGGAAGCAUUUUGUAUGGCUAUUUUAGAAGCAGCAUGUUGUGGGUUGCAAGUUGUAAGUACUAGUGUUGGUGGUGUUCCUGAAGUUUUACCUCCUGAUCAUGUGUGGCUAACUGAACCCACUGUAAAUGGUUUAAUUGAAGGAUUAGAGCAAGCAAUAUCUGAUCGUGCUAAUAAUAAAAUUGUUCCAAAAGAUGUUGCAUAUAAAAAACUUUCAAAAAUGUAUCGGUGGAAUGAUGUUGCAGUAAGAACUGAACAUGUCUAUGAUACCAUUGUAAAUGAACCUAUUGAUGAUUUUCCUUGUAGACUAAAAAAAUUUUGGCAACAAGGCUACAUUGCUGGAGAGUUUUUUAUGCUGCUACAAGCAAUUGAGCAUUUAUUAUUUCUUUUCUAUUCAUGGAUGGUUCCUGAAAAUCUGAUCGAUACUGCAUGUGAUAUUCAUCUGAAGUGAAAACUUUUUCAAACAAAAAUAUAUUAUAUCUUGUUCCAGUUAUGAUACAUCAAGAGAAAAAUUGCCGACAGCCCUGUGUUGUAAAAAAAUAUAUAAAAGAUAAAACUAAAACUGUAAACAAUAUAUUUAUUUUUCAUAGUAAAAACAGCCAUGGUUUUCAUAGAAAAAUGUCAUCAAUAUACAACAUAUCACAUCCUAUUUUUGAGAUUUUUUUUUAAACCUGUGAUAUUAUUCACCAACUUAGCCUACACAAGAAAUAAAUUUGAGCAAAAUAAAACAUUGAUUCAAAUUGGUUUUUACAUUUGAAUUCUUAUGCAUACAUAUAUAUUUAUUUACAGCAUUUAGACUACAAUAAAUACAAAAAAAAGUAAAGUGCAUUACAUAAGUACCAACUAAAGUAUAGAUAGUUGAAAUAGAUCAAUAAAUAUUCAGUGAAAGAAAAUGCAUUUUCCCAAAGAAAUGCAAAAACCAAAAAUCGUUUCAUAAACAAAUAAUUUUUCUUUUUACAUAUUUUGAAAAACGAUACAUACAACAUGGAAUUUCUAUAAUAAAAGAAUAUUUUUACUGUGCUUGUCCAUUAUACAUAUUUUUAAGUAAAAAUAACCAACAUGCAAUAUAAAACAAAUUUCCAUAGUUUGUAAAAAAUACCUUGUCUGACUUAGUAUUUUUUGAAAAAAAGUUCAAUGCAUUUUCUUUUU